AUGCGGCACCUCGUCCUUUCGUUUGCUUGUUUGUUGUCUGGGCUUGCUCAUGCCCAGAUGACUAUAUACCAUCCACAGAAUAGCCAGGUCGUUUUCGGUGGGAAAUCGACGGAGACGCCUACUGCAACCGUGUCAACUAGUGCCGCGGCAGCGACUUACACUGGCGCUGCGGCCUAUGAUCCCACUGUCCUUAUAGCCCCUCCAGUUCCAAAUCCUCCUAUUCAGAAAUCGUUUGGCAUUCAGCUAUCGAACGGUGGGAUGCCUAAUCUCUCUAUGAAGCAGAACGGCGGAUUCUAUGGUUUCUCGAUAGAGAUGUCCGUAGCCAAUCAAGUUUUGGGGCGGAACAGUUCACUUAUUAAAGUUCCCUUUCUGAAUCUGCUAGCCAAUAUUGUCGAGCGUGUCGGGUGGGUUCAAGUUCGCGUAGGGGGAAACACACAAGAGUCUGCCACUCUCGUCGAUAGUCUGCCCAAUGGGACCAUCCUCGCGAAAGAUUACACGAAAGUCACUGGGACAACCCGGACACCUCCUCUUGAAUAUACUAGGGAGUUGAUGUACAUGAUGAACAACAUCUCGUCGCUUGUCAACACGCGGUGGUACCUCGGAAUCCCAUUCUUCAACACGACACCUUUCUCUCUCGAGAUUCUUGGAGCGAGCCAGGAGAUCUUGGGUGAUCGGUUACUGGCCUUUCAGGCCGGCAAUGAGCCUGAUCAAUAUGUACAGCAUGAACAUCGCCCAGAGGGUUAUGGGCCCUCUGACUAUGCCGCAGAGAUGGGCUUGCUGAUAGACCAGGUCCAAAAAGACCAGACAAUCCUCAAACGGAACAAUCUGUUCCUGUCGCCUAGCAUAUCAAGAGGAUCGUGGGCCCCAGAAGAUGUAUGGGAUACUGGCCUUGUCUCGACCUAUUCCUCAAGUCUUGCGGGGCUGAGUGUUGAAAGGUACCCGAACGAUAACUGCGUAGCACAGUUUGAUCUCGUCGGUGCUGGCCCACCUGUCGACCCUCAAGAAGCCUUUCCCCAGUACCUUGACCACACCGCAUCGCAGUCCAUAGUUGGACCAUAUAUCAACUCGACGCUUUUCGCUCAGCAAAUGGGAAAGCCGUUUAUCAUGUAUGAAACAAAUACGGCAUCGUGCAGUGGUUUCGCAGGAAUCAGCGACAGUUUCGGCGCCGCGCUCUGGGCUCUUGACUAUGGUCUUCAAAUGGCUUACACCAAUUUCAGCGCAGCACUUCUGCACGUUGGCGGACAGAACGCAUUCUAUAAUCCAUUCACACCUCCUCCAACGAACCAGUCUUCGUUCCGUCAGUGGACAAUUGGGCCAGUUUAUUAUUCAGCACUGAUCAUGGCGGAGGUUCUUGGCCCAAGUAACGCGUCACAAGUAGUGGACCUAUCUGCCAACAACGGCGAGAAAUUUACUCCUGCCUAUGCAAUCUAUGAGAAUGGAGUGCCUACGAAGGUGGCGUUGUUCAAUUUCGUCACUGACCCCUCUGGUGGAACGAAUAUCACCGCGUCGAUCUCUAUCGGUGGCGGCGAGACAGGGCAACCCAGUUCUACCCCCGCCCAGGUGAAGGUCAAAUAUUUGUCUGCGUCUUCCGUAUCUCAGAAGGGCGACUUUCUAUGGGCAGGGCAGACAUUUGGGAAUCAUUUCGAGUCCGAUGGACGUCUGCAAGGAGAUCUUGACGUCCAGACUGUCCAGUGUGAUCAGAACGCGCACACAUGUUCCAUCAAAGUUCCAGCGCCGGGCUUUGCGCUCGUCUUCCUUACAGAGGAGUCGCUCAGCCGGGUGACUGCUGACGCGACGCUCACAUUCCCAACGACGUACAUGACCAAGACAGUAAACACGAUCCAGAUCGACCCUUCUGCCCUCGCAACGUCCAACGGGCAUAGUGGAAUGGGCAGCCGAAAGGGGACAACAAGCGCGGGCCAUGUUAAUGGUGCAAUUGCGGACCUAGCGGUGCCAGGACUGUUCACGCUUCUGGCCGCUGCAGCUGCUGGAACUUGGAUUGUGACAGGGAGGGCGUAA